AUGCUUAUGCUUUCACUUGUUCAAUCAUAGAUUAAUGAUUGUUAAAUUUAAUAAACAGAUUGUUCAGAUAACUAUGAUCCAGUUUGUGGGUUAAAUAUUGCUAAUGCUCCCAUCUAAACUUUUGUUAAUUUUUGUUAUGCUUGUAAAGCAAGUUAGGUGGUUAAAUAUAUAUAAGGGGAUUGUAAAAAAUAAGAAAAUGAUACUAAAACGGAUCCUCCUUCCACAUCUAUUGGAGUUGAUAAUAACACUAACUUAAGUACAAGUGGCAAUUACACCUAGAUGAUAUCUUGUACAAAUCCUAGACCCAGUUUAUGUGAUAAUAGGUAAUAAUCAUUUAAGAAUAUUUUAGUUUAAAAUCUAUAUGUGGACUCUUUGAUUCUACAACUAAAUGUUGUGGAUAAAAUUGUUUGUAAUAAUUCUCGAAUUAAUGUUUGGCUUGUAGAAAUUCUUCAAUUCAUAGUUACUUCUUUGGAAAUUGUUCUGAUUAUAAGUAAUUUAUUAAAUUAAUAAUUUAAGACCUUAGACUCCAACUGUCAUUUAGUGUAACAUAUAAUCUUAAAAGAAUUGUGAAUUAAAAGAAUAAAUUACCGUUUGUGGUUUUUUAGAUGAAACUGCUAUAUGUUAAAAUCCACCAUGUUUAUAACCAUUUGAUAAUAAAUGUGAACCAUGUUAAUAAUCUAAUAUUACAUCUUAUUUUGUUGGUGACUGCAAUCAAUAUUAAAAAUUAUUCUUUAAUGCUGAAUAAUAAGUUAAUUCUUUUGUUGCCAAUUAUUAAUAUUGUUAAGCUUAAAGACCUUAAUAGUGUGAUUAAGAAUAUAUUCAAACUUGUGGUGUCUUAAAGUCUUGUAAUGGUAGUGGAUGUGAAAGAACCUAUGAUAAUCCUUGUAAUGCUUGUUAAAAUAUUGAAAUUGAAGGUUAUUAUACUGGAGAAUGUGUAAAUAAUUAUGUGCCAUUAAUUUCAAUGUUUAUUAUUAUUUUGUUAAUUUAAUGA